AGCAGUAGUUGACUGGAGGGAAUGGAUCUGCGACGCUGGUGUUGUUUUCUCUCUCACACACACACACACACACACACACACACACACACACACACACGCGCGCGAAGUGUCAGCUCUGCCGUGACGACGUGAGCUGCUCCGGACCUUCAGCCCGGGAAACCACCGCAGAUGGAGCCGGACCACCUCGCCGCCGACACCGCCACAGCUCACCUGAGGGAAACCAACAAGCCGACAAACACGUCCACAAACAAACAGCCGCGUACCGUCGCCAGCGCGCGGGGAUGCUUCGCGCGGGAGAAACGCGCGCGCGCUUAAUGAUAAGUGUUCAGUCGAUAAUUAAGUCGUAAUUACGUAAGUAGCGUUCAAGGUUGGCGUGUCUGCGGCGCUGCGCUAAAUUUAGCAGAACGCGCCGGAGGAGGACGCGGUCGUGUUUUCGUCCACGCCGAGGGAGUUUCUACAUUUUUCAUCAGCGCACCUUGGAUCUCAGUCGUCACCACAAAGCAAGUGUGGAGCCGCGGACGACGUCAGAACAAUUCCAGACAGACCGAAGUCAGGGAGAGAGAUGACCCUCGUUUUGUCCAUGAAUCCUUUCCUGGACCCAGAAGGAGACCCACCGCUCUCUGCAUAUCAGCCCAUAUGGGAAUCGGAGCGCUGCAGUAAGACCUGCCUGUCAAACCCGGCCCCGCCAUGCAACUCGGACGAGCAAUUUACUCAAGAGCCCCCUUGUAGGCGAGUUCCUGAUCAUGUGUCAGUGUCAAGGAUUGCAUACUUCAAGAGGAAGUUUGUUGAUGAUGAUGAUGAACCAUCCUUCAGUUUCAGGACAUACUGCCAGACUGUGGCACCGGUCUUGGAGGAGCGUGCCCACGUGCUGCGUCUCUCCUUGGAGAAGAUGAGAUUCAUUGACGACCCUGAGGCCUUCCUCCGUCGCUCCGUUCUCGUUAACAACCUCCUUCGCCGCCUGCGAGCUGAGAUCCUGCUCCAGAGCACUGACUGGUGCUUCCCCCCAAACCCAGCAUUCGCCACUGGCCCUUGCGUCCUUCCACCCAGCACUAACCCAGCUCACCAGGCAAUCCAUGGAGCAGUACCCCGGAUUUGCCUAGCACCCCAAGCCGGACCACCCUUCCGUAAACGCUUACGAAUGGUCCGUGGAGGACACGGUAAUCUUCGCCCUGACUGUGCCCAGACAUGCUGCUGCAUCUACGCAGCGGCAGCCACUGCAGGACACUACCUCCACCUCCCAUUCUCCAUGUAUGAUGCCGCACUCUCUACCUGCCCGUCCACACCACACUCCUCAUUUUUUCAGCUAGCUAGCCAUAGUAAGUUAGGGCUGACAGUUGCUGUGGAAGAGCGUGAUGAUGAGGAUGAAGAUGUUGAAGAGGAGGAGGAAAAUGAAGAGGAAGAAGAAGAAGAAGAAGAAAGGGAAGAGGAGGAGGAAGAAGAAGAAGAAGAAGAGGAUGAAAGGAGACCAGGGCCCUCCGUUGAUGUUGUAAAAGACAAAUCAAGUCAGAAAAGGACCAGGACUUUGCUUGGUCAUGCACACACAAGGACAGAGGAAGACACCUGCAUGACAGAUAGAGUGGAAGAUGAGGAGGAGGGAGAGCAGGAGGAGGAAGAGGACGAGGAAGAGGGGGAGGAGGAGGAAGAAGAGCAGGUCAUGCGACCAUGUCAGUGGGUCUCAGAAAGAGAGCUCCACAAGGUUAGCUUCUGGCACCGCAGGGCUCACAGACAAUGACUGGACUUUCUGAGAUUCAACUCACAUUCUACCUUUGUAGAUGUAAUCAUGACGACAACUGUCAUUAGUUGAAGAUUACGCAGAUGAAGGUGCAAGUUACCUACCUUAUUAAAAUGCCAAGUCAACUUCAUUUUAAAGGUCUCAUAUACACAGACAAGCUCAAUACAACUAUAUUGCUAGUGUUAUGGUUAGAUGAAAAAUUAAUAUUUGGCCUAUCUUAGCACUGGAAACAUUUCUCUAGCAAGUACAAAGGCUAAGGUCACAUAGGUGGGAUCUGAAAUCCAAAAGGUGAAGUGAAGCUUGCUAUUGCACUGUCUACAAGACCAUUUUCAAGCCCCACAGCACAACACUUAAGUCUCAAUUGGGGCUUUAUAUUGGUGCAACGGUCUCAUUUCAGGACCCUAAACAAGCCUAUCAAAAGAAGGGAUAUGGAUAGUGUGUGCUUCUGUAUGUGUGUGUGUUUGCAAGAUAUGAUGUAGCAUUUUUAAACUUGAGUUUAAGCUAUUCUUUUCAUUAUGAAACACGGGUUACACCUGAGUAUGUGUGCCUGUUGAUUUUGAUGCUGUCUCAGGCAAUGGCAAGUGACUGUGCUGCAGCGCGGGCACAAUGUGUGUUCUUCAAAUUAUUUUACGAGACAACAAUCAUAAACAUUGUUUGGAAAUGUUAAACCACAAUUUCAAGUGCCUUAGUGUUUUUAUAGAUACAUGUGUAUUGUGUUAAUGUAAUUGUUCUUGUUACUAAGUAGCUUUCUUGCAUUCCAAAUGUGUUUGACUAAAACCGGGCAUGUAGUUAAAUGCAGGGAUUCUUUCAAAUGUUGUUCAAAGGUUAAAGUUUUAAAUCUGACUAAAUUCCCACACCCUCUGUUUGUUUUAAAUACAAAAUGCAUGUUUUCUAGCACUGCCUGUCUUGACAAUGCACAAAUGUAAAGCCAACCUUCAAGGCCAGUUGCAAAAGCCUUGAAAAGAUACUUCUAUUCAAAACCUCAUUCACGUUUUUUUAAAGCAGAAAAGGCUUGUUAUGGUUUGGUUGAUGAGCAUUUACUAAAACAAUUUGAAUCUAAAAACAUCAAACGGGAUCUGAUUUCAAAGAUUUAAACGUGUUAUAUGUAAGUUUUCUCUUGCUGGGAGUGGGUGGUCGUCUUCGAAGAGCUUCACCCAUUCUUACUAUUCGAAGAGAUUAUAAUCCAACCUCAGAGCAGCGCUGCUUCUUGAGGGCAGACUGAACGCUACAGUAGCUUGCUAUUGGAAAGUGACAAGUCAAGCUAAAUUGUUAGCAUACUAACUUUGGUAGAAAUAAAGAAGUGAUAGAAAAAGAAGCAAAACAAGAGUUAGCAUUGACAUUGCUCUCUUCCACUGGGGGCAGCUCUUUGUUAGUAAAAGAACAAAGUUUGAUGCUGACCUCCCAAAUGGUUCUUCUAGAUUAUAGAAGUAAACUGCUGUUAAUGCUAAUGUUGGAUAUGUAGCGGUAGCAAAGACUUACAUAUAGCUCCUUUAAAUUGCAACAUAUAAUUAGAUACUGUAAAUAAAAUUUUACCAAUGUCGGUUUUCCCCCAAUCAUUUGUUUAAGAAAUUCAGACAAACAAAUAUUUCAUUAUCAAGCCAUAAACACUCUACUUUCAAUAAAUGCCAAUAGCUUGCCAAUGCCAAUUCAAUAGCUAGUGGCUAGAGAUCUGCCUAACGUUGUCUAACAAACUGUUUAAAGUUUUUCAAAAAUAGCUACAUUCAGCAACAAGUCAUAGUACAACAUUUUGGGAAAUAUGCUGAAUACCUUUCUUGCCGAGAGGUAGAUAACCCCUUUUAUAUAUGUACAUGCCUAAUUAUGAAGCCAAUGUCAGGAGACGAUUUACAUAGCUUAGCAUGAAGACUUAGCUUAGCUUAGCUUAAAGACUAGAAAAAUUAAAUAGUAGGCCAGGUAACACUCCUUUGUUGUGCAGAUUAAGUAAACAACAUAUAACAUGCUAACAGUUUUGAUGCUAAGCUAAUGCUAUGUCACCUAGCUCCAGCUUCAUAUUUACAGAACAGACAUGCAACGGAUAUUGAUCUUAUCACCUGGCAAGUGAGCAAAUAAACAUAUUUCCCAAAAUGCUGAACUUGAUUAAAAGAAUAAGCAAUCACAUGUCUGCGUUAGUGAGACGUUCUGUCAUGAUAGCAUGAUCAGUGGUUUCUUGUUUGAUGGCGUCCCUCUUCUAAAGAUUAGGGUCCUCACACUGAUGACAAACCAAAGUAGUUAAAAAUGGAGAAAUAUAUCAGUCAGAAGUGAUAUUUUUAUUUAUUCAUUUUUACUUUACUUUUUUUACUUACUUUUUUGUGAUGUACCUUAAGACAAAAGUAAUGUGGAUGGUCUCUGUUGAUUUACAAGGUGGAUCCUGUCUUUUUUUUUUUCUAAAGUUCAAUACUGACAGUUUGCAUCAGUGACACUACAACAGGACGAGUAUGAGUACCAGCCUAUUUAAUUUUAAUUCUCUAAAACCUGUGAUUAUCUGUGUUUCAUAUUUUUUUUUUUUUUGAUAAAAGGAUUUGACAAAGCAAUAUCUGUUUCUGAGACAAGAAUGUGUAAAACUGCAUUGUCUGUUAUUAAAAACAACAAAAGAGCAAGUUCUGCUCGGAUAAUUUUAUGUGAUGUUCUGUGACAAGUGUAAAGAUCAGUAAAAGAAAUGUUGAAAACA